AUGACUGAUUCUGUCAUCCGCAUCAAGCGGUACCACUACAUCCACAUCUUGGACAACAACACCAACGUCACUCGCACUAUCUGCGGCCCCGUGGUCUACACGCGGAAGGAGCACGAGGCAUGUCUGUUUGACCCGUGCCCGUGUGUGUCGGUGCCGCCGCGUCACUACUGUGUUGUUAAGAAUCCAUGCGUGCGAGAUGAGGCGGGGGAGGUGGUGUUGGAGUCGUCGGGGCAGGUGAAGCUCCGUCUCGGCGACUCUGAGAUCCGCUUUGAAGGCGAGCCUUUUCCCCUGCACCCCGGCGAAGAGCUCGACUGCAAGGACGGUAAAGGUGUGCAGAAGCUGCAGCUGAUCCCGCCCAACACUGCCCUCCACGUGCGGUGCGUGCGCGACUUCAAAGACGCGGACAGGCUUGUCGGUGCGGGUACGGAGUGGAUGGUGGCUGGGCCACAAACGUACAUCCCGCGUGUUGAGGUGGUGGUGGUGUCGGAGGUGAAGGCAACGGUCAUCUAUCCAAAUACGGCCUUGCUGGUGCAGGCGAACGUCGACUUUACCGAUCGAUGCGGGGUGCCUCGUGUGGCGGGGGAAAAGUGGCUGGUGCGGGCAUUGGGAGCGUAUCUCCAAUCUGUUGAGGAGACGGUCCUAGACUUGAUACCGGGUACCAUGCUCAGCGACCUCAAGGCGCUGCGCCUGAGCGCCGUGCGCAGCUUCACCGACGUGUAUGGAAAGGCGCGGCGGGCCGGGGAGCAGUGGCAGGUGACAUUAAAGGACGCACCAGUGCACAUUGUUGAUGCCUACGAGACUAAGGUAGCUGAGGUCGCCGCCGUCUCACUCGGCGCAAAGGAGUACGUGAUCAUUCACCACCCCGCCGAUGACACCGGCUACAACCGUUUCGGUGAGACGCUUGUGCGCCGUGGCGAGUGCACCUUUUUCCUGCAGCCAGGGGAGACAAUGCCGCGCGGUGUUGAGAAGGUGCUCGUGGUCGGAAAGGAAGAGGCACUGCUGCUGGAGGCGGUGUGCGAGUACCACGACGGAGGUGAAAAGCGGCAGCCGGGCAGCCGAUGGAUGGUGCGCGGCCCUCUUGAAUACAUCCCCGCUAACGAAGUGAAGCUGCUGGAGCACCGCCGUAUGAUGGCGCUGGACAAAAACGAGGGCAUUUACGUAAUGAACACGACAACGGGGGAGGUGCGUGCAGUCAUUGGCACGCCUUACAUGCUGGAUGUCAACGAGGUGCUGUGGGAGAAGCACCUGCCGCUCGCCGUCGAGGAGCUCCUUGAGUCUCCAAACGGCAGCAUUCAAACGAGUGAGCGCAGCCCAGGCUUUGUCAGCCACCGCGAAAAGUACCGUAUUGUUCGAUUCAACGUGCAGCACAACGCUGCAGUGCAGAUUUACGACUACCGUAAGAAGCAGCCGCGCAUUGUACUGGGCCCAAACCUUGUCAUGCUGGCCCCGCAUGAAGAGUUCACCGUGCUCUCCCUUAGCGGCGGCGCUCCGAAGGUGCCGAACUCGUUGCAAUCACUCCAGCUCUUUCUCGGGCCGCGCUUCUCCAGCGACACCAUUGUCGUGGAGACGUCGGAUCACGCUCGCCUACGCCUCCGGCUGUCGUACAAUUGGUACUUUGACAUCGACCGCACCAACCCUAGUCAGAGGACUUUCUCGGUGCCGGACUUCAUCGGCGACUGCUGCAAGACCAUCGCUAGCCGCGUGCGCGGCGCCGUCGCCGCUGAGGACUUCGACUCCUUUCACCGCAACUCUGCCAAGAUUAUCCGCACUGCUGUCUUUGGCGUCGACGAGGCUGGCGAGACGAAGAAGAAUCUGCGCUUCACCGCAAACGACUUUGUCGUGACGAACAUUGACGUGCAGUCGUCGGAGCCAACGGACGAGAAGACGCGCGACAGCUUGCAGAAGUCCGUGCAGCUCGCCAUUGAAAUCACGACCAAGUCGCAAGAGGCGGCGGCACGUCACGGCAACGAGCUGAAGGACCAGGAGGCCAAAGGGCAGCUGGAGCGGCAAAAACUGCUCGACAAGAUCGAAGUGGAGAAUGCACGGACAAAGUGGCUGGAGCUGCAGGCGAAGAGCGAGGCAGUGCAGGCGAGUGGGCAGUCCAUCGCGGAGGCGAAGGCGCGCGCUGAAGCGCUGCUCAUCGAGGUGCGCUCGGAGCUGCAGCAGGCGGAGAUGCGGGCGAAAGCGUACCGUAUCUCAGCGGAGGCAGAGCUGCAGAAGCUGCAGCAGCGACAAGCACUUGAGCUCGAGUACACCCAGCGGCAGAAUGAGAUAGACGUUUCCAAGGCACGGGCGGCGGCUGAGGCGGAGGCGGAGAAGGUGAAACGGAUGGUCGACUGCAUUGGCCGUGACACCUUGGUCGCCAUCGCCCGCGCAGGUCCCGAGACACAGGUGAAGCUGCUGAGUAGCCUCGGCCUGAAGGGCUACCUCAUCACCGAUGGAAACAGCCCAGUCAAUUUGUUUGGCACAGCGCAAGGAAUGAUUGGCGAUCCGAAGAAGUGA